AUGCAGCUCUUUCAGGACUUCGUGAAUUACACCUACCGGGCAAUUCCUACACAAGAUCGGCUUUGCCCGAGCGGAACGCAUGAAAAGAUGAGAGGCGGCUGUCCCUGUGUCCGGCCUGGAGGAAAUCCGGGACUGCCCACCGGCUUUCAGGUGAAGCGGGUGAUCAGGGUGGAAGAUGCGGACAAGUUGCUUGCCUAA